GAGAGAGACGACAAAGAAAUUAAUUCAAAAAGGGCAGCAACACGAACAGGCCUAUUGAGCAGGCGAGUACGUUGUGUACCGGUUUUCUCUAACCUUUCAAAUCACCGAGUCUGCAAUCGUAUCAUCAGCAUCAGCUUUGUCAUUAUCAUGUUCCGUUGACUGCAAUCCACUUUCUAAACGCAAUCAAUCCCACACUUAUCGUUGGCAGCGAAUACAAGCGCAUGAUAACUGAUCCGUUUUCCUCAGCCGCUCCUUUCGCGCUACACCUUUCUGUACUCAAAAUGAAACUUUGCUCGAAAUGAAGUAGAUUUCAUCUCCCGGUCAUAUAUCUCCUCGCGCUUCUAAGAGAACAGAAAGAACGAAAGAAAGAGAGAGGGAGAGAGAGAAAACUGCGGUAAGCUUAAUCGAGAAACAUUCGACGGAUCCGUAGAUAGAUCUGCGCUUCAGCGGGAGGAAACGGAAAGAGAUAAAAUUGCGGGAGGAUUGGACGAAGGGAGGGGAAUGUAGGAGGUGCAAUUAGACAGGCUGACAGGCUGUCGCUCUCGGCGGAGUCAGGCGGAGUACAGUCAUCCCCAGCUCGUCACUCGCGGCGCACGCGGGUACGCGAGCAAGGUGCGAGCGUGCAAAUGUCAGACUGCUCGUGACGGCGGGAGGCGUGGAGUCGGAAUAUGUCGGAGUAACUCAGCCUCUCGGCGGAGUUUGAAUUCUCUCAGCGAGCGGGACGCGUCCAGUCGCACGGAUCGCGCACGAUGGAGAAUCACCAGGUGAGAGCGCUGUACGACUUCUCGGGCGAGUCGGGGACGGCGGAAUUGUCAAUCACAGCCGGUGAACUUCUGACUGUCAUACGAGACAACGUGGGAGAUGGCUGGUGCGAGGGAUUUAAUCAGAGUGGACAAUCUGGAUUGUUCCCGGCGGCGUACGUCCAAGUGGUUGAACAAGCUGCACCCUCCUCUAAUACUAUGACGUCGUCCCAACAAAGCUCGGGAGAUUAUUGGGACGAUGACUGGGAUGACGAUUCUGAAGUUGGACAAACACAGGCUUAUGUUCCACCUGCGCAGCAGCAACAACAACAGCCGCAGAUUAUAUCACUGUCGCAGCAAAAUAAUGUCAGCGACUAUGGCGACCAAGUGUCAAUGCACACUAUACAUUCUGUGAUACCAGAGAGACCUAUACCCAACGUACCAAAGAAAAACAAUACAUUUUCCACGCUAAUCAAGUCGGGAGAAGAUAGUUUUCUACUGGGCAUCAGAAUGGUGACUGUGCCUGAAAGUGAGAAGAUCUUUAUAGAAGAGGGGGAGGGUGGUCGAUGUACGUGGCAACCAAUUGGGGAAUCAUACAAUUGCGUCGUCACGUCUCCUAAGAAAGAAUCCAAGCUGAAAGGUCUUAAAAGUUUCAUCGUCUACCAGUUAACUCCUACGUUCAAUAAUAUACAAGUCUCGAGAAGGUAUAAGCACUUUGAUUGGCUGCACGAGCGCUUGGAAGAAAAAUAUUGCUUUAUCCCAAUCCCGCCUUUGCCCGAUAAGCAGAUAUCUGGGCGUUACGAGGAUGCGUUUAUCGAGCACCGACGUACGCAACUGCAAGAGUUUGUCGAUUACGUCUGUCGGCAUCCCGUGUUGUCACGCAGUCGUGUUUGGGAGCAUUUUAUCACCUGUACGGACGAGAAGCGAUGGAAGGCAGGAAAACGACAAGCGGAAAAGGACGAAUUACUAGGCGUGAAUUACUUCAAUGCUAUUCAGUGUCCGGAUACGCCACUGGACGUUAUAAAGAUGGAGAUCCAGACGGACGCUUUCGUUAGAUUUAUCAGCGGUUUGGAUCCGGUAGUGAAGAAUUUCAUGGCCAUGGCCGUCGACCAAGCGAAGAAACACCAAGUAUUGUACAAAAGGGAGUUUCAGAAAAUCAGUCAAUCGUUUACGUCGCUCAGCCACGCUCUGGAAGCGGACGACAACGGUCGCGGAAGGCUGACGCGCGCAUUGAAGGCGACUGGCGACGCUUAUAACGACAUCGGCAAGCUGUACGAGGAUCAGCCAAAGUUUGACUGGGAGCCAUUAUCUGACAAGUUCCACAUUUAUCGCGGUAUUAUUAGCAGUUUUCCCGACGUCACCAGUAUUCAUAAGAGCGCUAUGCAGAAACGAAGAGAUUGCGAGCGAAUGGUCAGUGAGCAUAAAAUGGAACAGCAACAAUUACGUGAUCUUUCUCAUCGAACUGACGUGAUAGCUCGCGCCUUGAUCGCCGAGGAGACUCAUUUCCAGAUGGAACGAGAAGUGCAUAUAAAACAAGCCGUAAGGACGCAUCUCACGGAACAGAUUGCCUUCUAUCAGAAAAUAGUCGAUAAGUUGCGAGAGGCAUUAAAUACGUUCGACGAAUGAUACUCGUAACUGCCACGAUUUGCCUAAGUAACAUAAUCCGGCUGCUCUAAAGCCGACAUCAUUGCUAACAAAAAGAUAUCCCAAUGAAAUGCAUAUAAUUCCUGCGAAAUAUGUACAUACAUUAGACCGUUUUACUUGAAUCAUCAAAGAUGAUUAAGUUAAAAUUGAACGGUUAAAUUUUACAGCAGUUAAUAUCAAAAUGGCUGUGUAUAGCCGUCAUAUAUUUAUAAAGUAAUCAAAUAAUUAUGUUAAAAUUUGAUACACGGUUGAAAUUAAUGUAAAUCAUGCGAUGAUCAUUGAUAUAUUAUUGAUAUAGAAAUUGUAAUAAUAUAUUUUACGUUGAUAUUAAUUUUAAUAUCAUAUCAAUUCACUGCAUCACAAUAUUUUCGAAUUUAAUUCGUCCAUCGCAAAGUUUGGAUUUUGAUUCUAUCCAAAUAAUUUCUCCUGGUGGAGACUCAAAGAAGAGGCGUGAAGGUAUCGCAUUGUUAAAUUAUGUGUGUUAUAUAGAUUUGAAUUUUACAUGGUCUGUAACGGCUUUAUUAUAAAGUCCAAUCACGAAAUAUCAUGUACUGCAAUGUAAAUUAUUAUUAUGAAUAUAAUAAUACUUUGUAAUUAGAAAUAUUCGUAUCUAUGUUGUGCAACAUUAAAAAUUAAUAAUCGGAUUGUGUUUUGUCCAUUAAUUUCGCAUGAAGCAGUUAAGAAAUACCGUUACACGAAAUUGCUUGCGAAUCGAAAUAUUCUGUGCUAUAACACGCAUUACUUUUAAAUAAAAUAAUUGAAAUCAAAGAAGUAAUUAUAAAAGCUUGCUAUACUUAUUUUAAAAAAUUAGUCGUAAAUAUUUUAAUCGUAAUUUGAAAAGAUUAGAACUGUUUAAUGAGCAGCUAAAUAUGUAUAAUUGAAAAAUUCUGCUUUGUAAGAUUUUUAUGCUUAUCAUAUUAAUAUUCAUUUUUUCCUUCGCAGAAUGCAAAAAUUAUUCGUUCUGUCGCAGAGGAGAAUGAAAUUAUUUGUUGCAUAUAAAUGAGAAACGAAUACAUUAUCUGCACAUAACAUUUUUAUAGUAUUCGAAAGGCAGCCGCUUUACAUAUACGUUAACGAAAACGUAUUAUUAUUUGUGUGAUUGUGACACGAAACUUUAUACUUUUUUUAUAAGAAAUACGCAUAUAGAGAAAAAUAACGAAGUAAAUAAGUCACGCUACAUUCUUGUUAUCGCAUUUAAAUAAAAUGUACAAAUAACAGAGCUUAUAUGUGUAUAAACACAGGCACCACAUACCAAUUUUUAUAAACGAUAUCAGCGAGAAAAUAACCAUUUCUUCUUUUUGAAAGGAGUUCUAAUAAAUGGCUAUUAAGUCAAGAAUUAAA